UGUGUGCUGUCUACACAACUGGGUGUGAUGCCUGUACACCCACUCCUGGUACAUAUGCCACCUGCCUGUGUUGUAUGUACUCCCGUCUGUGACAUCUACUCCCCCAUGUGUGAUGCAUACACACUCACAUGUGACCGAUAUACACCCGAGGAUGAUGUGUGUCCCCCACGUGUGACAUAGGUGUCCCCGCCUAUAACAUGUGUGCCCCCAAGUGUGAUGCAUGUGCACCUUGUGACUUCAGUGCAUGAGUGUGAUGUAUGUGCCCCGCAUGUGACUGACGUCCAUCCGUGUAUUCAGAGCGUCCAACCCCAGGCUGCUCAGCGGGACCGUGUUUGCAGCGACAAGAGCAAUGUGACUGCCCGUCGCACGUGGAGGGACCAGAGCCACGUGGGGCCGUGGGCAACUGUCCAUGAGGCUCUGCCCCGCAAGUAGACGCAGGUGCAGCCCUGUCCUAGCCGCGCAGAGACAAGGGGGGAGCAGAGCAGUGGGCGCCGUGGGGUCGUGCAUGAGAAGACGCACGUAGGCACCUGUCAGUGCAGAGACCCCCUCUGGAGGGACACACAGGAACCUAGAACAGCACCUGCCUGUGGGAAGGGCAACUGGGCAGCAGGGCUCAGAGGUCAGGGAGAGGCUGCGUUUCCACCUCCAGCAUCCCGCCGUUACUGGAAAGCACGAUCUGCUGAAAAUUCGAGAGUUUAAAAGCUGCUGGUUGUGGCUGAAAUGAGAGCUUCUCAUCCUCGGAACGGGGACAACGCUCUGCCACCUGCGGGCAUCGGUGGGUUGUCCUGCGAUCGUAAGACUCUCAGAAUCUGACGAAGCCGCUGACACGUGGGGAAUGGGGAUCCCGUUCAUGGGAACCUGUGGUCUCAGGUGAGCGAGCGGCAGGUGGGUCCCGCUACCUGUAAAACCCACCGCAGGCCCUGACACAGUGAGGACGAUGACAAGGAGACACUUCCUGUGGGUGCUUUCUCAUGUGUCGUCACACUGAAUCCUGGCAGGAGCCCGUGGACACGCUCACCUGCUCCAGGCUUAGACAGUUUAGGAAGUCAUCCAAGGCCAUUCAACAAGUAAAGGGCGGAUCUGGACCUUGAACCUGGGUGUGUGUCACCCAGAGCUCACGCCUCGUGGACCUGCUGGCCAAGAGCCCAGGCCUGGGUCCCCAGGAGCCCUCACCGGGUCCACGAGGGGUGGGGUCUGCACUCCCUGGGCUCCUGCCUCAGUUUCCUGGGGCCGAAACAAGACAGUGUACCUGGCACCUUAAACUACAGAAUCUUAUUAUCUCACGGUUCUGGAGGCUGAGAGACCAAAAUCAAGGUUUUGGCCAGUUUGGUUUCUGAUGAGAGGCAUGGAGCGCCGUGCCAGGGGGACCCGUGGCAUUUGUGUCUGGACGUGCAAGGAGGGACCGGGUAGUAGUGCCGCCGCGCCCAUCUCCAUGGAGCUCGUGGGGGCCGUGUUGGGGUUCGUCCUACACCCAGGGCGCGUGCUCUGCAGGACAGCGUUUCUGCACCAGACCUCCUCCUGCACUGAGUGCCAGAGGGGGUGAGGUGUGGAGGGAAGGGACAGAUGGGGAGCCUGCAGGAGGCUGAAGGGUAAAUUCCUGUCACUCUCCUGGCCAUCACGAGGCAGGGACAGCACUGACCACCCACAACACUGACACCUGUCCUGAGAGACUGUGGCCUGAUGGGGAAGAGGUGCUGGGCCCAGAGUGCGGGCCCCAGGCCUGGGAGGGAAGCAGAAGGGACUGGGGCAAAGGCCUGACACGGAGGAGAUGCUGGAACGAGUGGGUCAGCGAUAAUGUGUAUGUGGAGAAUGAUCUGGAUUCUUGUACAUAUGAAUACUGGUAGGUGCCAGGCUCUGGAUUCUCUACUUCCUGGGAGAGCCCGGAACGGGUGUGAGCACAGGAGGGAGGCAGACUCGCACGAGGACAGCUGACUGAUUGCAGAGAGGUCGGGGUUCCAGGCAAGCUGUGGCCAACCCAGGUGGUCCCUACAAGCUGCAGAGAGCUGAUUGUUCUUCCUUUCAGGAUAAGGUCCUUCUCUGCCCAUUGCGGUUUGUCUUACCCUGGUCCCCAGGAAGGACAAAGGGUUUCAGGUCCCUGGGCCUGUGUCAGAUGGGACAGGUUGGGAUCUGAAGGGGGCUGCCCUGAGGGGCCUCUGCCCCCUGGUCAGGGCUCUGCAAGAGAGUGACCCAAGAAGGACAUUCUGGGGCUCUCGGGGACCGGCUAGGAAAGACCUGUCUUGGUGGCAGGCACAGCAGAGCUCACCAGACCAUCAUCAGCUCCCCCACAUUUUCUCGUCCCGGGCAGUUAGCCAGGCCGGGUGACAGUGUGGCCGACAAGACUGAGCAGAGACCCCGCUACUUCUGGAUUAGAGAGACACCCCCCGGGGUGACUGCACUGUCUGCGUCCCUGCUGUGGCCCCGAGGGGCACCUACCAGGGCGUGGAGCCUCCCCCAAUGUGACAGGCCCUCCCUCAGUCUGGGGGCCUCCCCUGGUCAGACCCUGAGCUCCUGGAUGUGUGGGUGACAGCAGCCCAGCCUCACUGAGCUGACUGCGGGCCUGCCCAGAAGGGGGGCAGGGAGCCACUUCCGUCAGCGCCUCAGCGGUCACCUGUUGUGGGCAACCUGCCGUCCCCUGGGCACCUGGACUCGCACCGGGUGUGGGUUCCCAGCUUCUACGGGUCAGAACCCAGGGGGCUCGGCGGGGUCCACAGGCCCAGCGACUCUGGGACGGACAUUAAGCUCUGGGCUGGGGCUGCAGGGAGCUCAGGGGUCACCCGGGAGGCUAUGCGUCCAGGCUCCCACGGGUGCUUGCUGACGGGGUGCACUUCCUGUGGCAGCUGGACGGAGGCCUCACCCCUCCCUGGCUGUUGGCCAGAGGCUGCUCUCCGUCCCUCCCCAUGGGGGCCUCCCCACAGGGCCACCCACAACACGGCCGCCAGCGUCGUCACAGCGAGCAGGACACAGAGUGACAGCAAGACGGUGUCACCCUCGUGUAGGACCUGCUGUCCCUGAGGGCCGUCCAUCACGUGAGCGGCACGCUGCUCCUUAGAGGCCAGUCCCCGGGGCGGCCCCCACUCCAGGGGCAGAGCUUGCCCGGCCUGCAGGCAGGAGGGUCUCUGCAGCCCCGUGACAGGCUGCCUACUGCACUAAUGCACUCGGGAUGGACCGAAAACAUGCUCGUGCUUUUGCUCCGACCUCUCCUGACGUUCCUGCUCUCGCUGUGGGGGGUCAGGGCACCGCAGGCAUCUGCGGCGCUCUGACCCAGAGCUCUGGAGUCCGUGGUUCCGGAGUGGGGGAUUCUGGAAUCCCUGUUUCUCUGAAGCGGAUGCAAGGAGAUUCCGUGACAUUUCAUGUGAUCAGAAAACCAGAAUUACCCCCAGCAGUCGAGCUGGAGAAGAUUUCAUGGGGCAAUGCAUCCGGGUCAAACUACAUAGUUAUGCUGAAUGUCCUUCCUGGGAGGAAUGUUCCAGAAUGGCUCAACUUCCAGGACAAGUUUGAGAAGAGGGUCCAUGUGCCCAACACAACGACCCUGAGGAUUGAUAACCUGACCCUUGAGGACAGCGGGCUGUACCGGGCUCGAGUCAGCUACAGUAACGGAACAGAAAGUGACCAGGAUUUCCAUCUGAUGGUCUACGAGCCCGUGCCCCUUCCUCAGAUCCGGGCCAUGGUUCCGUCCCUCACACCAGGCUGGUGCAAUGUCACCGUGGAGUGUGACUCCAUGGGAACCAGGGAGGGCCUGACCGUGUCCUGGGAGAGCGAGGGCCUCCCCAGGGAGUUGGAGCAGAGACCGGUCCCAGGACCAGCCCCCAACCCCUGGACCCUGGCUGUGAGCCUGCCCCUGAGCCAGCCCAACGCCAGCCUCACCUGUGUGGUCAGCAGCCAGGUGGACCAGAACACUGCUUCCCAGGACCUUCGAGACAUCUGUGGCCAUGGUGAGUGCAUCCUGCCAGAGGGGAGGGGCUCUCUCCGAGCUCAGGGAGCCCUGGGUGACAGUUCCUGGCUCCUGUCCCUCCCAUAUUUAUGGCACCUGCUACCUGGUCACCCCAUCCAGGACUCUGGGAGGCACAUCCAACUUGCUUCUGUCCUUCGGUGUCCCUCCCCUGCAGCUCUCCUCCCCUCACCCCUGCGGGUCCAGGCAGCACCAGCAGUUACCUCUCCCGCCCUCAUCCAUCAUCCCGUGUGUGUCUAGGAAGAACGAGUUGGGGGGUGUCAGUGGUCUGUGCCCUCUGAUGGGUCUGAGCCAGCGACUCCUUGCAGGACUCAGGGAU